AUGAACACCACGCCCAUGAGUCGGACACGGCUGACAGGGGAACCUUUACCUUACUAUGAGUUUACCAAACAGAUAUAUGAAAGACUAAAUCUAGCUAAAAUGCUGGUCUAUGUUCUUUUGGGUAACUGUUGCUCACCUCAGAACUUCGACAUGAGGAAAGGGGAGAAAAGGGAUGGAAAAUGCAUUGUGGAUAAUCGAGUGACGCGGGUAGCUUGGCUGAACCGCAGCAGUAUUCUUUACGCGGGCAAUGACAAAUGCAUUGUGGAUAAUCGAGUGACGCGGGUAGCUUGGCUGAACCGCAGCAGUAUUCUUUACGCGGGCAAUGACAAGUGGUGUUUGGACCCCCGAGUGGAGCUUAUUGCCAACACCAAAACCCAUUAUGCCAUCCGGAUAAAUGACGUGGAUGUGUAUGACGAGGGACCUUAUACAUGCUCAGUACAGACGGACAAUCACCCCAAAACCUCGCGGGUCCAUCUCAUUGUGCAAGUACCUCCCAAGAUUAUUGAGAUCUCUUCAGACAUCUCCAUCAAUGAAGGUGGCAACAUAAGUCUCACCUGCAUAGCUACAGGAAGGCCAGACCCGACAAUCACCUGGAGGCACAUUUCACCUAAAGCUUCAGGAUUCAUGAGUGAAGAUGAAUACUUGGAGAUCACGAGCAUCACCCGGGAACAAUCGGGGGAAUAUGAGUGCAGUGCCUCCAACGAUGUUGCAACUCCUGUUGUGCGGAGAGUAAAAGUCACCGUAAACUACCCACCAUAUAUCUCAGACACUAAGAACACUGGUGUGCCAGUGGGUCAAAAAGGCAUCCUUCAGUGUGAGGCCUCUGCAGUUCCAUCAGCAGAAUUCCAGUGGUAUAAAGAUGACAAACGGCUCCUUGAAGGACAGAAAGGGCUGAAAGUGGAAAAUAAGGCCUUCUUCUCCCGUCUUACUUUCUUCAAUGUGUCUGAGCAAGACUAUGGAAAUUAUACUUGUGUUGCCUACAACCAACUAGGAAACACUAAUGCUAGCAUUAUUCUCUAUGAAAUAAGUGAGCCCACAAGCUCAACCUUGUUCCAAGAAGAGAGAACAUCAGUAGAGACACGCUGGAAAGGCCCUGGAGCAGUGCAUGAUGGGAACAGUGGUGGCUCAAGAAGAGCUGGCUGUGUUUGGCUGCUUCCAUUGCUUCUUUUACACCUCCUGCUCAAGUUUUGA